AUGCGGCGACGUCGGGGGGUUUGUAAUGAUGGGACGCGGCUUGAAGAUGAUCUGGUUGUAGUCCCGUCGCCGGAUUCGACGACGCCUCGUACAGCUGAGUCUUCCUUAUUUAAUACGGCUCGGACCGCCGAUUUCUGA